GUCCUCUCCCUUGGUCUCGGAUUGCCAACGUGGACAAUCGAGAGAGAGAGAGAGAGAGAGAGUUCACCGGAGCUAGUCAUGGCUCACACAACACAUCGCCCUAGAAGGAGGAGAAGAGACGACCAAAUCUCUGGCCCUCGAAGCAAUGUCUUAUUAAUCACAGAUCAAGACACAAAGCAGCAGAAGCCAGCUUUCCCCUUGGUGUCUUUCUUACUGCCUGCUAAGGGAACAGUAUCACAAUGGGCUGUUAUGCCGCUCAUCCUUAUGGCUGUCGGACUUUUCAGAUGGGCUACUGGCUUCUGGGGUUAUUCUGGUCUAGAGAAGCCUCCCAUGCACGGCGACUUCGAGGCACAGCGUCACUGGAUGGAGUUGACCACCAAUCUGCCCGUAUCACAUUGGUAUCUUCAUGACCUACAAUGGUGGGGCCUAGAUUACCCCCCAUUGACUGCCUACCACAGCUGGGUGCUUGGUAAAUUGGGCAACCUCGUCAAUUCAUCAUGGUUCGAGUUGAAGACUUCUCGGGGUCUCGAUGAUCCCGACUUGAAGGUCUUCAUGCGUGCUACAGUCAUCGUCUCAGAGUACCUUGUCCUGGUGCCAGCAGCAGUCAUCUUCAUCCGUCACAUGAGCAAGCUCUGUGGAAUCACAACAUGGGAGUCUUCGGUUGCGCUGACCGCGGUACUAAUGCAGCCGGCAACAAUGCUCAUUGAUCAUGGACACUUCCAGUACAACACAGUCAUGCUCGGAUUGAUGCUUGCGUCUAUGUCAAGUAUGCUUGCAGGCCGUCAUCUUUGGAGCUGUGUGUACUUUGUCGCUGCUCUUGGAUUUAAACAAAUGGCGCUCUUCUAUGCCCCAGCUGUUUUCGCCUACCUGUUGGGUAUCUGUUCCUUUCCUCGCAUCAAUAUUGGACGGCUAUUGAGCAUCGGCCUCGUUACCAUUGCCUCUUUUGCAGCUCUUUUCUUGCCAUUUAUCUUGGGUGUGGCUUACGAUUCUUGGAAAGGGGUGUUCUUACCCUUCGACGCAAAACCUCCUCCAUUGCUCCAGAAAUUCCCGGCCCAGAUUUCGACCAAGGCUUGGUACUACCCGCUCGUGUUCCAACUUGCACAGUCAAUCCAUCGCAUCUUCCCUUUCUCACGCGGCCUGUUCGAGGACAAGGUGGCGAAUGUCUGGUGUGCUAUCCAUGCGUCUGGCGUACAUAAGCUUCAUCAGUAUGACUCGAGUCUGCUUUCCCGGGCAGCACUUGGACUGACCAGUCUGUCAAUUCUUCCACCUUGCAUGGUCAUCUUCUUCAAGCCAAAGAAGGAACUUGUACCUUGGGCAUUGGCAACCACAGCUUGGGGCUUCUUCCUCUGUAGCUACCAAGUACACGAAAAGAAUGUGCUGUUACCCUUACUGCCAAUGACUAUGCUCAUGGCAGGACAUGGAGGACUAAGACCUGAUCUGAGGGCAUGGAUUGGAUUCGCCAACAUUCUGGCUUGCUGGACCAUGUUCCCUUUGCUCAAGAGGGACGAACUCAGGAUUCCAUAUUUUGUCUUGACUCUCCUCUGGGCAUACCUCAUGGGCCUUCCACCAACAUCACUUUCAGCUUACUUUGGUGAGCAAGGUGUCUGGUUGUCGCUACCUGUGAAGGCAGUGCACAUCCUCUUUUACAUGGCGAUGAUGGGCUGGCAUGUCGCAGAGGCAUUUGUGCAGGCGCCUUCCAACAUGCCCGACCUCUGGGUGGUUGGAAAUGUCUGUGUCGGCGCAUCAGGUUUCGGCCUGUGCUAUCUCUGGUGCUUGUACCAUCUUGUGGCUGAGAGUGGAUUGAUGCAGCUCGGCAAGCAGGCAGACGACAAGCAGAAGAGACUGUAAUGAGUCAAAUGGAAGAGUGAGAGAAGUGGUGGUAUUGUACACUAGUUAUACAUGGAUCUAAAAGUCUCGAGAUCUCCACCUGUUCCUGAUAACGCCGGUCGCAAUGCAGAUAAUGGUAGAAAGUUGGAAUGAGGUUUGAGGGAAGCGGUUGGUCGUUUAAGGGAGGUUGAAGCCGUAGCCUUGCAUGCAUGCUCUGUACUUUUGAACCAUGUUUUGGCAGUCGGCUUGGGGGUCGGCGGCGUUUGAGAAGAGCAUGCAUUCGUCACGAGCGGCUUUCUCAUCCUUGCAGACGCAGCAUGG